AAAAUGCGUACGCUGAGACUCUUCUACAGCAACCAUGAAUGUACAUGCGGUCAGCUGGUUAUAGCAAAUCACGAAUCUCAGUAUAAGAUACUGCACUUCCACAACGGUGGUCUGGAUAAGCUGGCCCAGAUAUUCGAGCAGUGGAGUGCGCUCAGAGUGAAAUCACAGAGGAAUCCGGAAGUCCCCUCCAAUAAACUUUCGGUUCAGUUUUCUGUGGUCAAUCCACAGCUGAAAAAGCUAGAGCAGCAUCCAGAGGAUGAACUGUACGACAAGGUGACAUGGGAUUACUGGAGAUCGUGCACGUCACAGGACCGUUUCGACGAUGACAUCAUCCGCAAGGUAUUUUUUGGCAUCAAGUAA